UGUGUUCGAGAGAAGCGGAGGAGCCAGCCACGGCUUGCUUUCACCUUUGGUUGUUUCCUAUGCGAGUAUUAGUCAGCAAAGCGAGCGGGGAACAUCACCGGCGGAGAAAUUGAAGAAGUCUGCUGCAAAGGUCAUAACAGCACCUUGGCCCUGGGCACCUGCCCCUGCUCUCUGAGAGAAACACCCCCUGCCGCACACGCCGGAGAACAAGCUGCCACUGCGGGGAAGGAAGCACGGAGAGAGCCGGGGGCGGCACAGCACAGCACGGCACGGCACGACACAGCACGCUUGCCCGGGCAGGGGAUUGACCACCUCGCCAUGGCUCCGGAUGCCUCGAAGACGAUGUGGGGCCGUAUGGAGGUGGCCCUGACCGGCCUCUACGCCGUCCUGCUCUGCUGCGGCCCCAUGCUGGCCGGCUGCCGCCGGGUGACCUUCUUCCCAGCUGUAUUAACUCUCCCUGCAGGUGGCUCAGCCACCUUCUUCUGCAACAUCUCCAUGGAGAACGACUCCGGUUCGGAGUACAGCCUCAAUUGGUACAAGGAGACCAACCACAGCCAAGCCCAAAAAAUUGCUGAGAUCAGCCGGAACAAUCCCCAGACGAAGACGGAGAAGUACCUGCUCACCAAUCACACUCCUGCCUUCAAGAUUGAGAUCCUGAACCUUCACCAGAAUGACUCGGGCUCCUACUACUGUGGGCUGAUCACCUUCUUUGAACCUGAUAAAGUGAUGGAGAGCAACCGGUCCCACCUGGUUGUCACAGCAGCCCCUGAGAAGACAAAUGCCACCGAAGAGCCCGAGAUGGAGGAAGGCAAUUCCCCGGACCACAUCAAGGCUGUGCUCCUGGGCAUCCUGCUACUGGCUGGGGUGGUUAUCCUGCUGAUCUUUGGCUACCUCACCAUCACGUACAGGAGAGGAGAUGUGCAGAAACCACCAAGUGAAAACGCACCAGCGAAGGAAGGGAAGCCCCCCAUGGUGUCUGUGUCCACUGUGGACUAUGGUGUGCUGGAGUUUCAGCGGGACCAGUGCACCCAGAUGCCCUCUGAGACCCGGCCAGUCGAACAGACGGAAUACGCCACCAUCAUCUUCCCAGAGGAGAAACCCAUCACACCGGAGCGGGCAAAGAAACACCAGGAUGAGAGAACUCGGCAGCUGCAGUUACAGCCCUGCUGAGGGCUGGGGUCCCUCCUGGCUGGGGGGUGUGGGCAGGGACAAGCUACCCCGGCCCCUUGCUCCCACCACAGUUUGCUGUCGGGAAAGAUCCAGCGUGCAAGGACCGGAGCAACAGAGGUGCCACUGCUGGAGUUGAUAUUGGACAGUCCUGGCCAUGGUGGGAUCAUGGCUGUGGGGUGGGUACCACAGGAUGAGGAAUGUCCCUGCUGGGCUCCACGUGCCGCCUUUUUGCUCAGGGCAGGGAGAAUGGGCUGGGGCAGAGCAGCGAUGCCAACAGGUCUGUCCCAAAGGGGAUUUUACAUUGUGUCUUAGUUUUCUACCUCCACCCAGGGCCCUCUGGAGCAGCCACGCUGCUUCCCUCGCCUGGGUCUGACUCAACUAGCAAAGCACGACUGUGGGAUGAAACUCCGGAGGCCAGAGCUGGAGUGGAUCCUGGGAGAUGCCGCUCACAGGAGGCUGGGGCUGAGGGCAGAGACUGCCUUGUGUACUGCUAUUUAAAGAAACCCCUGGGAAGUUGGCGGCUGGUUUUCCUCCUGUCUCCAGGC